AUGUACAACGUCACUACCGAGCUCUUGGCUGGAGGACUUGGUGGCUCGGCUGGGAUUCUGAUUGGCUACCCUAUGGAUACCAUCAAAGCCAAUGUUCAGACUGGGAACAAAUUGUUAUGGAAAGACGUCAAAAACAAUGUUCGAAGUCUCUAUCGCGGAAUGGCGGUCCCGCUAGCAAGUGCGUUUUUUUUGAACGCGCUAAUGUUCGCUGGCUACGAGGGAGCCUUGAGAUUAAUGGGCCAUAAGAACAAAGACGAGGUUUCUACUAUGGAAGUAAGUACUACUUAUACAAAAAACUACUUUUCACAACCAAAAAUACCUUUUCAAAACAAAAAAUUUAGAAAAGUCUUUGUCUCACCCCCACUCGGUCAGCUGUUUUACAACGAAUGACCUCAACAUCUAACGGUUGUAACAAUUAAAACCAACAAAUUUAAUGUAAAAACAAGUCGUUCAUAAAAGAUGAUUAAUCUAUUUAUUGUGAACGAACUUUCAGGCAGUAGCUAGCCAAAACAAAAGUUCAAAAAUGUCUCACUUCUGUUUCUUUUCUAUAAUACGUAUUAGUAAACAAUGAAAAUUCAGGUUGCAAAUAACCAACCCUCAGAUCGUUUUAGCCUCAACCGUUGGCACGCUGGCCCAACUAGGCCCUGCCAUCCCUAUCGAGACGGUAAAAACACGGCUUCAGGUGGUCUAUCAGAACACAGUGGGGCCAGUAAGAUGCAUAAAAGAUACGCUGAAGACAACUGGAAUUCAAGGGUUGUAUUCUGGAGGAAAAGUGAUGGCAUUUCGAGAUCUAAUUGGGUAUUCAUUCUACAUUCCGGUUUACGAAGAGGUGAAACGAUUGAUCGAGAGGGAAAUUAAAACUUCGGAAGUAAAUAAACAGGUAAGAAGCCUGUAAUUCACAGAGGGAGUAGUUAACUUUGGACGCUCAGGGUUUUGAUGGGACUUCGCAUAAAUUAAGACUGCCAUUUUCAAAGUGCAAGACUCUUACAAUUUCCGAAUAAUCACUAUUUUUCAGAUGCUUGCCGGAGGAAUUGCUGGAUCACUCGCUUGGUUAGCAAUCUGCCCAUUGGAAGUAGUCAAAAAUUGGGCCCAAUGUAAUCAAGAAAUGACCAAUACAGAGAUAAUAACACGAAUAUGGCAGAAGAAUGGAAUUCUAGGAUUCUUCAAGGGAGGCGCGAUCCUAGCGGCUAGAGCAUUCCCUGCCAACGCUGUAACGUUUCUAGUCUACGAGCAAACUUUAAAGGCUUUGAAAAAUGAAUAA